AUGGCUAUCUUCUCCAUUAUUCUGCUGCUGGCAGCGUAUUCCACAUCCAUAAUCGCUGGGCCGGUCCCACAGGCCCACCGAAGGCAACUCUUUACUAGUUAUACCAACACCACUUCCACCAUUUUCUCAACAUCAGAGCAAAAGACUGCGGAAGCAGAGACCGCUAUCAUAGUGGAGCCAAUCCAACAAACUGUCGUGACAUCGAUAGCACCGGCUAUCACGUUCGUCAAUCCUGACGGAAAACCACUUGUGACACAAGAUCCACAGACUAUCUUCUCUACUUCUUUUAUCACGCCCUCACCCUUACCGACCACGGAGGAAAGUUCAAGCGCAGUAGCUACCCCCUCAGUAACACCAAGCCCGGUACCCACGCCCAUAGAAAGUAUUAGCGUGCCGAUAUCGUCUGUCAUUGGAUCCUCAGCGUUCUCAAGCUCAGUUGACGCAGUCGAUAACAAGACAGCAAGUGAGACAAGUCAACAGGUUCCCAUGUUUACUUAUUCGCCCAUAGAGGAAGAGACAUCUACCUCGCUUGCUACUCCUACUGCACCGGCGACAAGUGCAAUCCCGGCGUCUACCACAGGCGGCUUACCUGGCUUCACUCAUCCCGCCGCAGCACCCUCAAACUUACCGUCCGCCAAUACCACUACUGGUUCGACGAUUGCAAGUGCAUCUUCUAUGAUCGAGUCGGUCAUACAGGCGUCCUCUUCAUCCCCUAUGGUCAACUCAACCUCUCUGGCACUUCCAGUUCCCACAUCGAGCGGCUCGCCUACAGCUGCUCUCCCUUCUGAGACUGCUUCAGACGCCAUAGAUGUAACAUCGCGCAUCAUCGUCACGCAAUACACCACCAUUUAUGCGACAUCCCAGCCACCUCAGACACCCGCACAAGAGUCAGCGAUGCCAACUGAGGCUCAAGAGUCCGCUCCAUUAGCUUCUCCAACAUCAGAAGUAGCUAGUGCAUCCAUGCCGUCUCCAUCGAAUGCUCCAGCUGAAGUAUCUCCUCAUGCCAACACCAACACCAGAACCCAGCCAGACAUCAGAAACACCUGCCUCUUCAGCUUUUCCAGAACCGAUCAUAUCCAGUUCGGUGGCCACAUCGUCUUCAACUGUAAGUUCGUCUUCGGAAGCAGCAGAGCCAACACCCACAAUACCCGCAUCAUCGUCUUCAAUGUCGGAUAUUUCCGCGCCUACACCUACAUCAAUCGCAUUGUCGUCUUCCGUUACACCAACCACGUCGAGUACCCCGGAAAGCUCAGCACAGCUAUCACCGUCUCCCUCAUCCAUGGCACCACCUCCAGAAGCGUCUUCACAGCCUUCCUCCUCUUCCUCCAUUGCGUCACCUCCAGAAGUAACUGCAUCGACAUCCGACGCCGUGCCGACACCACCGACAACAACAACGGAGAUGCUGUCUUCUGCAUCACCAGAACCAGAGCCGGCGCCCUCGUCGACAACAUCGGAAGGUCCGCUGAUCAUCACGCCGAUACCACCGAGUCAAGUAUUUACAGUAACUGUUACUGCGACUGCGACGGAGAAGGAGACGGUUAG